GCUCGCAUGGAGCCGGGAGCGCCGGCCCGAACCGCGGCCAUGGCGCCGCUGCUGGAGUACGAGCGGCAGCUGGUGCUGGAGCUGCUGGAGACCGACGGGCUGGUGGUGUGCGCCCGCGGGCUCGGCGCCGACCGGCUCCUCUACCACUUCCUGCGGCUGCACUGCCACCCGGCCUGCCUGGUGCUGGUGCUCAACACGCAGCCGGCCGAGGAGGAGUAUUUUAUCAAUCAGCUGAAGAUAGAAGGAAUUGAACACCUCCCUCGCCGGGUGACAAAUGAAAUCGCCAGUAACAGUCGCUAUGAGGUUUACACUCAAGGAGGUGUGAUAUUUGCAACAAGUCGAAUUCUUGUGGUUGAUUUCCUGACCGAUAGAAUACCUUCUGAUUUAAUUACUGGCAUCUUGGUGUACAGAGCUCACAGAAUCAUCGAAUCUUGUCAGGAAGCGUUCAUCUUGCGCCUCUUCCGCCAGAAGAACAAGCGUGGUUUCAUCAAAGCCUUCACGGACAAUGCUGUUGCCUUUGACACGGGUUUCUGUCACGUGGAAAGAGUGAUGAGAAAUCUUUUCGUGAGGAAGCUGUAUCUGUGGCCCAGGUUCCAUGUAGCAGUACACUCGUUUCUAGAACAGCACAAACCUGAAGUCGUAGAAAUUCACGUUUCCAUGACACCGGCCAUGCUUGCUAUCCAGACGGCCAUCCUGGACAUCCUUAACACAUGUCUGAAAGAGCUGAAAUUCCAUAACCCGUCACUCGAAGUCGAAGAUUUAUCUUUAGAAAAUGCUAUUGGAAAACCUUUUGAUAAGACAAUCCGCCAUUACCUGGACCCUUUAUGGCACCAGCUUGGAGCCAGAACUAAAUCCUUGGUUCAGGAUUUGAAGAUUCUACGAACAUUGCUUCAGUAUCUCUCCCAGUAUGAUUGUGUCACAUUUCUUAAUCUUCUGGAAUCUCUGAGAGCAACAGAGAAAGCCUUUGGUCAGAACUCAGGUUGGCUGUUUUUUGACUCCAGCGCCUCAAUGUUCAUAAAUGCUAGAGCAAGAGUUUAUCAGGUUCCAGAUGCCAAAGGGAAUAAAAAAGGCAAAGUGUCAGAAAAAACGGAGAUUAAAGAAGGGCAAGAAACAAAAAGGGAACUGGUCCUUGAAAGCAACCCAAAGUGGGAAGCACUGACCGAAGUACUGAAAGAAAUCGAGGCAGAAAAUAAGGAGAGUGAAGCCCUUGGUGGCCCAGGUCAGGUGCUCAUUUGCGCCAGCGACGACCGGACGUGCGCCCAGCUGCGGGAGUACCUCAGCGGCGGGGCCGAGGCCUUCCUGCUGCGGCUCUACAGGAAGACCUUCGAGAAGGACAGCAAGGCCGAGGAGGUGUGGGCGCCGUUCCGGAGAGAGGACUGCGCCAAGAGGGCCGCGAGGGCCAAGAAACGGCCCAAAGACCCCGCGCCCGGCGACCGGGCUCCCGCCAAGGGCCGGGCCCUCAAGAAGAAACGCCGCCUGACGCUGACGCAGAUGGUGGGCGCCCCGGCGGAGGCGGGCGCGGACAGGCCGGGCGCGGACGGCGGCCCCGGGGACGGGGACGGCGGCGACAGCCCGGAAGGCCGCGGCGGGGACGGCCGGCCCGAGGCGUUCGAGCUGAACCUGUCGUCGGACGCGGCCUACGGGAUCCUGCGGCAGCCGCUCACCGUCCUGCACCCGCUGCUGGGCUGCAGCGACCCCUACGCGCUGACGCGGGUGCUGCGCGAGCUGGAGCCCCGCUACGUGGUGCUGUACGACGCCGAGCUCCCCUUCGUGCGCCAGCUCGAGGUGUACCGGGCCAGCCGGCCCGGGCGGCCGCUCAGGGUUUACUUUCUGAUAUACGGAGGCUCAACCGAGGAGCAACGCUAUCUCACUGCUUUGCGGAAGGAAAAGGAAGCUUUUGAGAAACUCAUAAGGGAGAAGGCCAGCAUGGUCAUCCCUGAAGAAAGAGAAGGCAGAGACGAGACAAACCUGGACCUAGCGAGGGGCUCCAUGUCGAGCCAAGCUUCCGCCGACACGCGCCAGGCAGGCGGCCAGGAGCAGCCGGGCGCGCCGCCGCGCGUGGUGGUGGACAUGCGCGAGUUCCGCAGCGAGCUCCCCGCGCUCAUCCACCGCCGGGGCGUGGACAUCGAGCCGGUGACCCUGGAGGUGGGCGACUACAUCCUGACCCCCGACAUGUGCGUGGAGCGCAAGAGCGUCAGCGACCUGAUCGGCUCCCUGAACAACGGCCGCCUGUACAGCCAGUGCGUGGCCAUGGCGCGCUACUACCCGCGGCCGCUGCUGCUCAUCGAGUUCGACCCGCGCAAGCCCUUCUCGCUGAGCGCGCGCGGGGCCUGGCACCCCGAGGCGGCGGGCGCGGCGGUGAGCGCGCGGCUGGCGCUGCUGACGCUGCACUUCCCGCGGCUGCGCCUGCUGUGGUGCGCGUCCCCGCACGCCGCGGCCGAGCUCUUCGAGGAGCUCAAGCGCCACCGGCCGCAGCCCGACCCCGCGGCCGCCGCGGCCGUCACCGCCGACGCGGACUCGCUGCCCGAGGCCGACCGCUACCGGCCGGGCCCGCAGGACUUCCUGCUGCGCAUGCCGGGCGUGAACGCCAAGAACUGCCGUGCCCUGAUGAACCGCGUGGCCAGCAUCGCCGAGCUGGCGCGCCUGUCGCAGGCCGAGCUGGCGGCCGUGCUGGGGAACGCGGCCAACGCCAAGCAGCUGCACGACUUCAUCCACACGCCCUACGCCGAGCUGGCGGCCCGCGGGCGGCGGGGCAAGUGA